GUAUCGCAUUUGUUUCAAGUUUUUUUUUCUAUAAUGUUUCUUCGAAAUCCAUGAUCAUAUAGUAUAUAAGAAGCAUGUAUUUAUAAUGUUCCACUUAAUAUAUUAGUAUUGGAGACUAAAGCGAACAUAUAAAACCCAAAUAAACCUUUCUUUAAGUUUUAUUAAAAGUCUAAACACUUGAUUUGUGUUUUAGUUUGGGUAGUAGUGAGAAAAGAAAAAUAAAUAAUCAAAAAGAUUAAAGAAGAAAGAAUUUGAAAGCAAGGAACACGAAAUCCGAAGAGCGAGGGGAGCGAAGACAGUCCACGUAGCUGCAGAGAGAAAGAGAAGAGCACGUGAGGCACACGUUCCUUGUGUAAGACUUGUUGUGGUGAUGUUGGCGCAGUGUCUCACUGAAACAUGAAUGAAACCCAGACUUUGUUUUAAUUUCAGGCGAAGGUCCAUUUCUCCAUGUUAUAUAUCAAUCUCUUAUUUAUUAGUAGCAAAAUUGUUUAAACUUUUUAAAAUCCAUUGAUCACCCUAUCAUUUUCAAUAUCUACAUACAAUCUUAUGUCUCGAUAAAGGUUUAUCUUUAUCUUAUUAUGCAAUACAUAUCCCUCCCAUUUCUAU